AUGUCACUUCCAACUACUCAAAAAGCCAUCAUUUUCGAACAACAUAAUGGACCAUUACUAUACAAGGAUAUCCCAAUCCCACAACCUAAACCUACAGAAAUCCUAAUAAAUUUGAAAUAUUCAGGAGUUUGUCAUUCAGAUCUUCAUGCUUAUAAAGGAGACUGGCCCGAACCUACCAUCUUACCAUUGAUUGGAGGUCAUGAAGGUGCAGGAAUCGUUGUUGGUGUUGGUUCACAAGUUUCAAAUUUUAAAAUUGGUGAUUAUGCAGGUAUAAAAUGGUUGAAUAAAACAUGUCUUUCAUGUGAAUAUUGUACAUUAGGUGAAGAGACGUGCUGUGAAAAUCAAGAUAUUUCAGGAUAUACAGUUUCAGGAUCGUUUCAACAAUAUGUUGUGGCGGAUGCUAUCCAGGCAGCCAAGAUUGAUCCAAAUGUUAAUUUAGCAGAAGUUGCACCUGUGCUAUGUGCUGGAUUAACAGCUUAUAAGGCAUUGAAGAAGGCCAAUUUAAGACAGGGUCAAUGGUGUGUUAUAAUUGGAGCUGGUGGUGGACUUGGUAGUUUUGGUGUUCAAUAUGCUAAUGCUAUGGGGUUUAGAGUUAUUGGAGUUGAUAGUGGAGAUAAAAAAUCAUUAGUCUUGGAUGAAUUAAAAGCUGAGCGUUUUAUUGAUUUCACUAAGACAGAUGAUAUUGUUCAGGAUGUUGUUGAAUUGACUAAUGGUGGGGCACAUGGAGUUAUAAAUUUCAGUGUUAGUGAGAUUGCAUUGAACUUGGGGAUUAAGUAUGUUAGACCAUUAGGGACAGUUGUGAUUGUGGGUAUGCCAGCUAAUUCCUUUGCUAAAAGUAAUGUUUAUGAACAUGUUUGUAAACAGUUUAAUUUGACAGCAUCCAGUGUUGGUACUAGACAGGAUACAAUUGAGGCGUUAGAUUUUUUCAAUAGAGGGUUGAUCAAGAGUCAGAUUGUGAUUGCUAAGUUGAGUGAGUUGGGUAAAGUGUAUGAACAGAUGGAGAGGAACGAGAUCCAGGGAAGAGUAGUUGUUGAUACCUACCAGUGA